AUGAUCAUUUCUACUGCAUUGUUAUUGCUACGGUUAUUUGUAUUUUCUAGCUUUGAAGAUGCAGUAAAUGAUAUAAUUGAGAAAUAUAUUUCACAAUGGCCUAAUGAUACUUAUCAAGAAUUUACAGAAUUAUGUGUCAAAUACAAACUAUCAAACCAAGUAACCGAUUCACUUAUUCGCUUCUUUAACAAAAAUGCGAAUUUAGAUGAGUCACCUUUACCAAAAAAUGCUAAAGAUAU